UAUAGUUAUCUCUUUCGUAGCAUUCACUACUCUAACAAUUAUCCCUGUCUCUGUUCCACUCUCUUUGUCAUUAACUAUCUCUUAGCUCUAUCUUUCUCUUUCUUAGCGUUUCCUACUCUAAGCACUGUUUCGGUCUCUGUCGCACUUACAUUAACGCACUCGUCACUAAUCCAGGUACCCCUAUUAGCGCAUAAAUACACGGGAUGGGGUAAAAUUUAUUCAGUUCAUAUUGUUUCGUGAGACAGUAGUGACAUUUAAUAAGUGCAAACGAAGAAGACAGCUGCGAUGCAUAAAUCCGUAUACAAAUAUAGUUUCCAGUUACGCCACGGUGUGGUAAAGGCGAAAUAUUCUGGGAAAAAACCGAGUGUAUUCCCGAAGGUAUACACAGCGGCCGGCAAGCCGGUGUAUUGCAGUACGUUCCCACGGUGUCGCUUCCGCGCCGUGUGUGCGUACCAGCACCCACGGUGCAAAUACGGGGCCGCGUGCAUACGACCCCGUUGUAUGUACGAACACGGGACCCCGUCGGCACAAUCGGCCCCGCCGGCUCAAGCGCCUUCGUCUAUGGACAUGGACGAGGCCUCGCCGCAACGGUCCCCGCCGUUGCACGUGUCCCCACCGGCGACACCUAAGCCCACCCUAUCGUACAAGGCGAUCGCCGCGCCCACUCCUGGCAUGUGCAAGUAUUACCCCUCGUGCAGCAAUCCCACGUGUGGGUUCUUCCAUCCCAAGGCCUGCCGCUACGGCGCAGCGUGCCUCAAUAAGCUGGAAUGCAACUUCUACCAUGCCGACUUGCCGCCUUCUCACUGGCGGCACCCGGCGUAAAUUAUAUAAUAUGUAUUUAGAUUAGAUUUUAGCAUAUUAUAUUACUUAA